CAUUUUGCAAAAUGCAGCAGAUAUAACAACGUUUACUAAUAAAUCCAAUAUCAUCAAGCUGGCUUUCUAUUUAUGUUUUGUUUUCGAUCAUUUCUGAAGCCAUUCUCGGAAAAAUGUUUUUUGAACGAUUUCUUAUACAAGCGCGAGGCGCACUCAGACGGUACUUACCUGACCCGGUCUGUAAGUCUGUGACGAAACUCCCUGAUCCAAUCGAAAAAGUAAUGUGUGCAACAAAUAAAUUGCACAUUGUGAUUGGCAAUGAAUCCUGUGAUCUAGACUCGGCUGUUUCGGCAAUCACGCUUGCCUACAUUUACGCCAUGCGUAAUAAGGAGUAUGAUUACGUGCCGGUCUUAAACAUAUCGCGCGGGGACUAUAUGCUGAAAACAGAAGUGGGUUAUUUGUUCAAUAUGUGCAACAUACCGGAGGAUAUGCUGCUUUUUCGUGAUGACUUGCCCCAGAAAUUACCCUGCGAAGUAAAUGUCAUUCUUGUGGAUCAUCACGUUAGUCCUUUCGCGUCCAAUGUAAUUGAAGUUCUCGAUCACCGCCCUUUAGACGAUAGCCCAACAGCAAAGCCAAUGCGUUCAGGUUGUGUGCGCCAAAUUGAGCCGGAGAUUGGUUCUUGCGCCACACUCGUCACUGAGCGUUACUUUGCCGAUUCGAACCCUCGCUCUACCACUAUAGAGAAGCUGUUACGUUCCACAAUCAUAUUGGAUACCAUUAACUUUUCACAAGAUGCAAAACGUUACUGUGAGCGUGACAAGCAAAUGGUCAGGCAACUGGAGCAGUCGCUAUAUGGUCAAGUAAUUGAAAAUAUUGAGAUGCUGAGACUUCAAGUCUUCAACCAACUUACGGCAGCGCGCUCUGACGUUUCCAUGCUCACGCUAACAGAAGUCCUGCGCAAGGAUAUGAAAGUCCUAAAAACUGCAAGUCAUGAGGUAAUCAUGGCAGGAAUGCCCUUAUUAGUGUAUGAUUAUGUGCAGAAAAUUGGAGCUGCAGACGCAAUACGUGAGGUUGGUGGUAGCAUGAAGCUUUUCAUCCUACUGGGAAUGCAUGUACACCCGCAAUCGGGGAAGGUGAAUCGUGAUAUUGGCAUAAUCUCACUGUCUGGCCAUAAGCCACUUUUGGAGCGCGUGAAACGAGCACUGAUGCGGGAACGAUCGCCAGAUUUGAACCUGAAGCCGCACGUAAAAGAACUGGAUUUCAUGGGUGGUAUUUUUUUAGAACAGCAUAAUAUUCAGGCCACACGUAAGCACAUUCUGCCCGUGAUCAAACGCAUGCUGCUGCGAGUGGAGGAAGAACAAUCAAACGACGUCUAUUUCUUCAAGAGCCGCUUUACAGAUGUUGACUGAUAAGCAAAUCCAAUGCAUAGAAAGGAAUCACCUACCUAUGCAAAGGAGCAGCGUGCGUUUAGACAAACCAAACACCAGUCAAAGUGGGCGCAACGAAAAAUGUUCCGCAACUAUUAAUAGAUACAAAUGUUAUUUAUUUAUUUAAGAUACAUUUAUAAGGAUAUAAUAUAAACCAAAUUUUAGUGAA